AUCUAUUCUAUCUCACACCCAGCAAGAGAAGGAACUGUACUAACUGUCCAGAAGACAAUGGCGAACGCAUCUUGUCAAGAUAUCAGUUUUGACUUUACAGGCAGAUUCCUGCCUCCUGUUUACAUCUUAGUCUUCAUCAUUGGUCUGGUAGCUAAUGGAUGGGGAUUGAUGUCUUUGCUGCAGAAAUGGAAGAAACUGGGCAUCGUUAAUGUGUUUGUUCUCAACCUCGGACUUGCUGAUAUUCUGUACCUGCUCACACUCCCCUUUUUGGUGGUGUACCAUGUUUUAAAGAGUAAAUGGAUCUUUGGAGACGCAUUCUGCAAGAUAACAAGAUUCUGCUUCAACCUGAAUUUAUAUGACAGCAUUGGGUUCCUUACGUGUAUAAGUGUAUACAGGUACAUGGCUAUUGUCCAUCCAAUGAGAGUGAUGGGAAGAAUAACUGUCACUCACUCUGUGGGGAUCUCAGUCAUGGUUUGGUUCUUGGUGAGUGUUCAAAGUCUUCCAGACAUGUUCUACAGCAAAACAUUUGGAAACAAGCCUGGGAAAUGCUUCGAUACCACCUCUGACAUCUAUGUUGAUGAUUACAUUAAAUACAGCCUUGGAUGGACAUUCACUGGGUUUUGUAUCCCAUUGCUCAUCACACUGGGCUGCUAUGGACAUGUGAUUGCCGUUCUCUGCCGCACAAAUACCACUGACAAGGUACUGAAACAGAGAUGUUUGAAGUUGUUGUUCAUCGUGAUUCUUCUCUUCUCUGUUUGUUACAUCCCCUAUCAUGUAUUGAAGAACCUCAACCUCUGGUCAAGAGUUCUGCAAAAACAGAAAAUAUGCCCUGAAUGGUCUAAUGGAGUCUACAUUGCUCAUCGGAUAAGUCGUGGCCUUGUGUGUCUGAACAGUGCUCUCAACCCUCUGGUUUACCUCCAUGGAAAUGAAGAUAUUCCUGCUCAGCUCAGACGACGACUCCAGCAAGCUCGUAAAGCUGUCAUGCGUCUCACCCCCAGUCAAGUUCCACUGGUCGAAUUGUCUAAUAUGUGA